AUGGAAAAAAUAAAUAAUGUAACUGUGUUCAUUUUAAGGGGCCUUUCUCAAAACCCAAAAUUGGAAGAAGUUUGUCUCGUGGUGUUUUCUUUCUUCUACUCAGCUAUUCUUCUGGGAAACCUUCUCAUCAUUCUCACUGUGAGCAUGGGUAAUGUUCUCCAGUCUCCUAUGUAUUUCUUUCUCAAGUAUUUGUCAUUUGUGGACAUCUGUUACUCCUCAGCUACAGUUCCCAAGAUGAUUUUUAACCUAUUAGCCAAGACUAAAACUAUCUCUUACAUGGGGUGUAUGUUGCAGCUCUUUGGAGUACAUUUCUUUGGUCCCACGGAGGUCUUUCUCCUGGUUGUAAUGGCCUAUGAUCGGUAUGUGGCCAUCUGUAAACCUCUACAUUAUAUGACCAUCAUGGACCAGGACAGAUGCAAAAAAAUGUUGCUGGGGGCCUGGUUAGGUGCGUUCUUACACUCUGUUAUUGAGACAUCUUUGAUGCUUAAGGUCCCGUUUUGUGGACCUAAUGUGAUUGAUCAUUACUUUUGUGAUGUCCACCCUAUGCUGAAACUGGCCUGUGCAGACACAUAUGCUGCUGGUGUUGUUGACACAGCCAACAGUGGGACCGUCGCUCUGGGGGGCUUUAUCACCUUGAUAAUCUCCUAUACUCUCAUCCUACUGUCCCUGAGAAAGCAGUCAGCAGAAGGCAGGCGCAAAGCUCUCUCCACUUGUGGCUCCCACAUUGCUGUGGUCGUCAUGUUUUUUGGUCCCUGUACUUUCAUAUACAUGCGCCCCAAUACUACCUUUAAUGGAGAUAAGAUGGUGGCUUUGUUUUACACCAUUAUUGCCCCCAUGUUAAAUCCCCUGAUUUAUACACUAAGAAACAAAGAAGUCAAAAAUGCCAUGAAAAAACUGUGGUGUAAGAAGAUUUUCUUGAAGACGAAUGGCAAAUAG